AUGGCGUCAGUGUCCGUCCAAGCUCCUCCUCCCUGGAUUGAGCCAGGUAUGGUCAACAAGGACAUCUUCCACGAUGGCUUCAAGACCUCUGGGCAGCAUGAGCCAGUCUACUCAGCCAUCCAGCCUUAUGACAAAUUUCCCAAGGAGAUCACCGGUGUCACGGCAUGGAAAGCCGAGGACUUCAAGAACAACCCUGAGAAAUGGACAUAUGCCUUCACAGCCGGCGAGAUUGCUGAAAUUGAGGCGGCAGCAGAGAAGUUCAUUGCGUCAGAGGUACCAUUGACCGGUAUCACCAAGGAUCUCUUCCCACUUCCUACACUUGCCGGCCGUAUGGCCGCUCUGAAGAAGGAGCUAGUCGAUGGCCAAGGCUUCUGGCUCUUCAAGAACAUCCCCGCUCAGGCAUGGGGCCUGAAGAAGUCGGCAACCGCAUACAUGGGACUCGGCGCACAUAUUGGCUACUUUACAAGCCAGAACGGCCGUGGCCACGUCCUGGGUCACGUCAAGGAUCUUGGAGAAGACCCGACGAAGACGGACCGGGUUCGCAUCUAUCGCACCAACGCCAGACAAUACUUCCACACCGAUGCCUCUGACGUCGUGGGACUGCUCUGCAUUGCCAAGUCCGAAGUAGGCGGCGAGAGCGACAUUGUGUCCCAGCACCACAUCUUCAACUGCCUACAGAGGGAGAACCCCGACGUGGCCAAGACCCUCUGCGAACCCAUCUGGUAUCUCGAUCGCAAGGGCGAGGUGUCCGAGGGCCAGAAGCCCUGGAUCCGCGCCUCCGUCUUCUACAUGGAGAACGACUCGACGGGGAAGCCUCGCGUGUACGGCAAGUUCGACCCCAACAACGUCACCUCUCUCUCCCGCUUCAACUCUGGGCCCGAUGCCCAGAUCCCAAGCUUGUCCGAGGCCCAGCUCCGCGCCAUCAAAGUCCUUGAGGAGACGUGCCUGCGCGAGUCGCUGCACAUGAUCCUCGACCCUGGCGACAUCCAGUUUGUCAGCAACUCCCACGUCUUCCACGCCCGAACGGCGUACAAGGACUAUGCCCCGGGAAGUGUUGAUGAGAACGGCGUCCCUCGCCCCCCGAGACAUCUCAUGAGACUGUGGCUCUCCGUUCCCUUGGACGAGGGUGGCUGGAAGCUGCCCUAUCCAGAUAUGUACUGGAAGAAGCGGGGAGGGAUCCAAGUAAAUGACAACGCCCCUGUUUGUCCUCUGGACGCAGAGUAA